CUCACGGGGAGGAUCUGAUCAAAAUCAAUCAAUUGGAUAUUGAAAUUGCGGUUAAAGUGAAAAUAUUUUUUGCCCGAAAAGGUGAUUAAAGGACUCCAAAAUCAUACGUUAAUGAUUAAGUGCCAUGUUUUUAUAGUGAUGAAAAUAAUCAAUAAUUUGAAUAAUAUCGUAUGUCGUCUGCUUAGAAGUCUGGGAAUGUGUCGCAAUCAACAGCAUCUGUUGUCGCUCCUUCGCGGCAGUUUGGUCGAGUGGUCUCAAUCAUCGUACAUGCGAUCUUAGGAUAAAGUGAAGAAGGGUGCUGAUAUCUUGGAAUUCUAGCUGUUUGACAAAUCUACUGAGGAUAAAAUCAAGCUGAAAACACAAGGAUAUCCAACCCGUGGAAAGAAGGGUCUAAAGGGUUUAAAAUGCCCGCGGAUACAGGACACAGGGAUACAAAAAAGGAUAAAACUGACUCGAAGGACAAAAGGGAUAAAACUGACUCGAAGGACAAAAAGGAUAAAAAGGGGUUGGAUAAGGAUAAAAAGUCAGUUGAGAAAAUUUUGGAUAAAGAAAAGGGACAAGAAAAGGAAAAGGAUCAGGAGCUAAAAAAGCCAAAAGUUGCAAAGAAAAAUGAAAAGAUUGUUAAGGUGUUCUCUGGUAGGCUUGGGAACCUCCCGCCUGUUGGGGCAAAGGUGGUUAGGAUAUUCACAAGUUCGACUUUCACAGAUACCACCCUCGAGCGGAAUUCGUUGAUGGAAGAUGUCUACCCCAGGCUGAAGGAGUUUUGCCGAGAGAAAUAUGGUCUCGAGUUUCAGGUUGUUGACAUGCGAUGGGGUGUGAGGGAUGAGGCUACUGACGAUCACAUGACCACGGAUCUAUGCAUGCAAGAAAUCGACACGUGCCAGAGGCUGUCAAUGGGACCAAAUUUUGUGGUCUUCCUUGGUCAAAAGUAUGGCUACCGCCCAAUGCCUGCCACGAUCCUGGCGACAGAAUUCGACAUGAUUUGUGAGGUGGCAAAGAAUGCUCCAAGUGAGCUGGAGCUUCUGAAGACUUGGUAUCAGAAGGAUGAAAACAUUAUACCUGCGAUCUAUGUCCUCCAGCCAGUCAGCUCCAUCCUUACAAACUAUAAUAACAAGCGCCAUGUGCGACUGCAGGAGGCUGAUCAGAACCUCUGGUGGGAGACGAUGGGCAAAAUCUGCCGAAUCUUACGAAAGUGUGCCUACGCCCUGCACCUCACCAAGAAGCUUGACAAGCAACAGUUGCACAACUACUUCAUGUCAGUGACGGAACGAGAGGUAGAACGAGGAGUGCUGCAGCAGGAGAACAACGUGGACCACUGCAUCGCCUUUGUCAGAUACAUCUCCAACGUCAACGUCACAGCUCUCAAAUUCGCCUCAAGAUUCAUGGACUUCUCCGGCCGAAACCUGGACGACGAGGCAUCAAAGUUCCUGAAGUCUUUACGGGAUGAGCGCCUCCCGAAGAAACUUCCCGAGUCGAACUGCGUCAAAUUUGAUGUAGAGUGGUCCGGCCGGGAGGGAAUUGAACCCGGCACACACCAGGAGUACUUGGCGACCUUCUGCAAGGAGUUUCAUGACAGAAUUGUGAACCUUGUCGAUCGGGCUGUAAAGAAACAUGAACAGUUGUCCAGUGAUACGGUCUUCACAGAGACGCUGCAGCACCUUCACGCAUGUGAGAAGUUCGUGUCGAUGUUUCAAGGUCGGGAGGACGUCGUGGAGAAGGUGCACCAGUACAUCUGUGGGAAAAGCCAACAGCCUCUCGUGCUGUUCGGGGAGUCAGGGUGUGGCAAGACAUCGCUGUUGGCGAAGAGUGCUAGCAUGGUUUGUACGUGGCUUGGGAAGUGUAAGCCAAUCAUGGUCCUCCGGUUCCUCGGCACCUCACCAGACAGCUCGACCCUGAUGCCACUCUUGACCAGCAUCUGUCAGCAGAUAAGCUUCAUGUACGACCAACCCAAGGAAGAUAUCCCGGACGAGCUAUCUCCGCUCAGUCAGUACUUCAAGAAGCUACUAGAGUGCGCGACGACGGAGAUGCCAUUGGUGCUAUACCUCGACUCUUUGGAUCAGCUCUCAGGGGCGGAGGGCGCCCAUCAGCUUGCGUGGUUGCCAACCGCGUUGCCGGAACAUGUGAAGGUCGUAGUCUCAACUCUCCCGAACUACUAUAAAUUGCUUGAUACGUUGAGAGGCAUGAUGAUAGCUGAUUCAAAUUUCGUCCAGGUUACCCCUCUCGGGCCGGAUUUAGGAAGCACCAUUUUGAAAUCAUGGUUGAAGAAUGCGAAUCGUCAGAUCGCAGAAUUUCAAUGGGUAACGGUCAACGAAGCAAUCUCCAAGUGCAACUUGCCACUCUUCGUCAGAUUGGUGUUCGAUGAAAUCUGCAGGUGGCGCUCUUACAACAAACCAUCAAUGACACAGCUGUCGCAUACCAUUCACGACAUCAUCAUGAAAUUGUUCGAUAGGAUUGAGAUUCAACAUGGCCGCACUCUCGUGUCUCAUGCUCUCGGGUACAUCACUGCUUCAAAAAGUGGAAUUUCGGAAGCAGAACUUGAGGACCUACUCUCACUUGAUGAGAAGGUUUUGAAUGACGUUUACCAGUACCACAUUCCACCUGUCCGGCGUAUUCCACCUUUGCUGUGGACGCGUAUUCGAAACGACAUGCCCGGAUACUUGAGUGAAAGGCAAGCAGACGACAUCAACGUCAUUGACUGGUACCAUAGACAAUUCAUCGAAGCGUCCAAAGAACGCUACUUCAGAAAUCUAAACUUCGCCAGUGAGUUGCAUAGUUCGAUCGCCGAGUUCUACCGAGGUACGUACGCCGGGGUCCCGAAGCCGUUUGAAUACACAGAACGCCAGCGUCAGAUGUUUCACCUUGCCGAUAAGGAUGGCGAGUCCGACCGCAGGGUCCCGGCGCAGCCUCUAGUCUUCCGAAACGAGAAGGGCGAAGUGACCAGGUACAAUCUCCGCAAGCUCAACGAGUUGCCCUACCACUUGAUCCGAUCGCAUCGCUAUGAAAUUCUCUACGAUGAAGUAUUGUUCAAUUACAAGUGGCUACACGCAAAACUUAGCUGCAUGCCACUUCAAAGCGUCCUCGCAGACUUCGAAGAUGCCAUGAACCACAUCAAGGAUAAGGAUAUCAAACUAGUUGCAGACGCAAUUCGUUUGUCCAGCUCCGUCUUGGUGCAGAUUCCCAGUAUGAUCGGACCACAGAUCAUAGGCAGACUUCUUCCUUAUUACUCCAGGAACAGGAAGAUAAACUCCCUAAUACAGCAAUGUGAUACAGACGGACUAGAAGAUUGCGCCCUUGUUCCGUCGCACCAUUGCUUGCACACGCCUGGCGGCCCGCUGCAGUUCUCUCUUGAAGGCCACCAGUUCGCUCCCUUUGGCAUUGCGAUAACCUCCGACGCCAAGUACUUGGUCUCUGUAUCGAACCGAUUCAUCAUCUGGGAUCUUGCCACAGCCGAUGUGUUCAGGAUUGUCACACCUGGAAUUGAGGGAAUCAUGCAGAAUCUAGUCAUCAGCCAGAACGACAAAUACGCCGUGAGCUUCACCAACAUCAACCAAGUGAUAAUCUGUUGUAUACCAACUGGGGAAUACAAGCGAGUGGACAAACCAGUGGACGGGAAAGACCCUAUACUAGGCACGUCCAUCACUACGACUCAUUUCGCUGUCUGGUCCAUCAGUGAGUGGUGCCUGUACACAGUUGAGGGCAAUAGGGUUAGCAGAACGGCUGCAGUACCGAAAAUUCCAAUCGUAACAGUCGAUUUGAAGACGGAAGAAGAGGUAUAUGUCAUUGCAAACACUGGAGACGAGAAUGAAUCUGAGAUGACCUUGGAGGUGAGGAACACGAAGGUCAAACCUUUUGACUUCCACAGCUCCAUCGUAUUGAACAAGAAACGUGACAUGAUGCUAUGCAACAUCGGAAUAAGUGAGAACGCCUUGGUUAUAUACAAACUCAAGGAUGAUGCUUGGACACUGGAUAAGUCAUUCGACAAUACUGACAAAAUACUCGGACUAACUCUUUCACCUGAUGAAAACUACAUCGUGGCGACCACGUACACUGGCUACAAGAAGUGGAAUAUCCUUCACGAACACAUGAAGCCUAGCUACAUGAAACUGCCAACAGGGAUUCGCAACAUACCGCAGAAGAAUCAACUGACGAACAGCCUGGUGACAUUUACGAAAGACAACCGGUACAUGGUUGCAGGAGUCCGGAAGAAUCUCUACGUUUGGUCCACGGUUACUGGAGAGCUGUACAAGGUCUUAGACGCGCAUUUCGGCAGGAUCAUUGCAAUUGCUUCCAUCACGCAUAGCGCCGACAACAUCAUUGUCUCAUCCUCAAUGGACAAGUCCAUCAAAGUCUGGAACUUUGACAACAUUAUGGAGAACGUGAAUACGAUACAAAGAAUGGAGAAGCCUGUUGAUACAAUCAGUAUUGCCGCCAACGCCUACGUCGGAGCAACUGUGGCGCGAAACUGUGUAGGUAUCUGGAACCUUGAGACAGGCGAGCUGAAAUCGACGCUUGCACACACUGGGGCGAGUGCAAUAGUCUCGCAUGCACUCAUUACUGCGAAUGCUGAGUACGUUGUCAGCGCUGAGUCUGGGAACGUCUUAAUCUGGGACGUUGAGAAGGAGAAGAUGAUCAAGAUGGACCCACAGAAAGAUGUUUUGAUGCUGCUUCUUACGGAGGAAGACCAGAAGUACAUAGCAGUCUCCAAAGCAGGGCCAUUAAAGGCAUGUGUCAUGUGCCGGAGCGUCCCUCAAGGUGAGCAAGUAUACACGUAUGAGUAUUUGUACAAAGGCAGGUUCAAGUCACCGGUGAUUUCGAAAGACGGUAUAUAUUUGGUUGUACCAGCUAACGAGAAGAAAGGAGCAGAUAUCCUCAGCCUGUACCACGCUAAGACUGGUACCCACAUGUAUAACAUGUCCUUGAAGUAUGCCAACUAUUUGGACUACAAAUUUCUUGUUGCCAUGCCUGACAAUGCCAACCAUGUCGCCAUCAUCGAUGAAGAGAAGGGGAAUAUUUGGGACAUCAAGAAGAAGACAUUCUUGAGGUCAGUGAUGCGAUGGAAUGGCCAGUGUAUGUCCACGGGAAAGAUUGGACUCUUCGCACCGAACAGAGGAGGUCUAGAGAUGAUCGAGCUGAAACAUGGGAAGACCAAGCUGACCUUGCUCCCCAAGGUUGCGGAGGGCGUGUUCAGCGUGAUGACCUUAUUUACCAAGAACGACCAGCACGUGCUGUAUUACCACUCCGGGCAUCGUACAGUGAGGGUCUUCAGGGUUUCCGACGGUAAGCAGAUCGCUAACUACAAGGCUCAUGCUGAUCUUAAAGACAUGGUCGGGACGCAAGGUGGCGCAUCAGUCGUUCUAUGCGCAAUUGAUGGCAGUGUGACAACCUUGACAAUCGCAGAUCCAGCGGACUCCGGUGGAAAGGAGAUAUUACAAAACCUCAGAGGAAGAAUGGAGUUGAAUUUCUCACCACUAGCCACGCCGCAGAACAGCCCGAAUAAAACUAGUACAACGAUUCUUACAGCGCCAGCAGGAUCGCCACCAGCGCCAGGGACGGAGGUCGCGAAGGCCAUAUCAGGGCCUCCACCAUUGACAGUCAACUCAGCCCAAGAAACUCCCGUAGGUUCCACGCCAUCAUCGUCUAGAACGUCUCCAGCUCCGUCUCAGAUUACAGUUGAUUCGACUCUGGAGAAGUCGUCGUCACCUACCCCGACUGACGCAGUGGUAGUUUCGGACCAGAGUCAACCAUCCCCUACACCUAGUCAAAUGAGCCAGGCAGCCGAGGCUUCCAGCCCGUCUUCUUCUUCUAGUCGAGUACCUAAGUCAGAAGACCCAAAUCCAUCAAUAGCUCCAACCAUGACAACAACUACAGUUCCAGAGGUGGCACAAGUUUCUGCUGAGCCCAACAAGAAUACUGAUCCAAGCAGCAAACAGGAGAAAGAUAAGGCAGAGAGUCAACAGCCUUCGUCUAGUCCUAUUCCUGUUGGAGUUAAGGUUUCUCUUUUACCUCUAAAAACUGAGGACACCAGCAAAAAAGCUACCAAGGACAGUAACAAGGAAGACAGAAAGUCUCCCCGUAGUCCAAAACCAGAUGGAAAUGAAAGUCAAAAGCCUUCGCCUAGUCCGAUUCCCAUUGGCGUCAAAGUCCCCACUCUCGCCUUAGAAACUGACAACACCAGCGAUAAACCUACUAUAGACAGCAAAGGAGAGAACAAAAAGUCUCCGCGUUGUCCGAAAGCAGAGCAGGACAAAACUUCCCCGGGACCAGCUAUAAAACUUAACGGACACCGACAAUCUCUCAGCAAUAUAAAGCCUGGGGCGUUCGCACCCCCAACUAGACCAAAUUCUGCCCGUAUAAAAACCACCCUCAGCACAGUGACGACUCCAGAACGACCCCUUUCAGCUCGUGUAAAUCCCGGUCUCCGUCCAUCCACGAUUACUCCUCAGGCCAGGCCAAGGUCAGCCCAAGCAAAGCCGCUGUUAACCCCGACUCUGGUCGUUAAACCACAGCUUUCCACCAAGCGAACGAAUUCACCAGUGAGGCCAACAUCGGCCCAGAAAAUACCAUCCCCAAGUUCAAUUCCAGCAACGAAUUCUGCUGAAAAUGCUUCCACAGAAACGCCCACGUCUACGCAAGUAAAUCUUCCCUUAAUAUCAACACCUGCUUCCGCCCAGUCGAAACCGUCCAUAGUCAAGCUUAGUUCAGCCAAAGUAACCACAGACAGACCAAGCUCUGCUAAAUCAAAACCCGUCCCAACUCCAAGACCAAGCUCAGCUAAAAACUCCCCACCAAACCAAAGCCCUGGCCAGAACAAGCAGAACCCGUCUGCCAAGCCCGAACCCUCUCCAACUCCAACACCCAAAAAGGGAACUACACACCCCGGAGCACUUUCCCGCACAUCAUCGCAGGCUUCUCUCUCCUCGAAGAAAACCCCCUCUCCUACUCCAACACAGAACUCUAUAUCAACCAUCGACUCGACAGUCUUUCCACAAGAAACAGACCCUACGUCAGCCCCAACGAGUGGAAGAGCGGCUAACGGCCUGAACGGUACCGGUACCACAAAGCAACUCUCCCUCGGCGCAGCAAUGCAUGUCGCCAGGGCAGUUGGUAAAGCUAAAAUCCUCAAGAAUCAAAAAUCGAGAGCGUGCGUCGUGUCGUGAAGGCAUACGCAGCUUUUUAUGGUAUCGGUUAUUUAACGUCGACAGUGUCCUGUCAGAUGCACUUUGGACAUUUGGAUGCACCAUACAGCUCAGCGUCUGUGGUUUCCGCCAUUUUGUCCACUGAGCCAAUGAAGGCAGACUUUAAGGACGAAGCAUGCUUUGCAUUUUUGAAAGUCAAUUCGCUAAACAGGCAGUAAGUGGCGCCUAAGGGCUUUAAAGUGGCUCCGGUAGGCUUUUAUUAGACUAGGAGAGGUAGCUGAUAAAUCAGAUUGAUGAGAAUUUCGAGUUUUUGGCGUGUUUGGAUGAUGACAAAUGGCGGACGCUUCUCGUCUUACGUUUUCACAGCGCCCCAACGGCGUGAUGUGGAAUCCGUGUUUGAGAAUCAUGUCAACGCCAAUCACUCGAGUUCACGGAAAGUUUUAGAAUUGAACAUUGGAGAAAAUGUGUGUCUAAGUGUAAAUAACUGUAAAUAGACUCAUAAGGUAAAUAUGUGUUGUCCAAUGAUCCCAAGGCUGAUAUCUUCCUAUUUCAUCUCGUGUCUUCUCGUCUAGCUUGGCUGUACACUGGCCGAUUUUCGUCGCAGGCACCACCGAUGACUCCGCAGACUAGCGAUUUUUGUCGAAUGCGAUGAAUAUUGCUCGUCUGUGGCUGCAGGUGGCAAAAUCAGUUUAAGUGUGUUAAUAGACGUUAUGUUCUAGUCAUCGUUCACAGUAUUAUAAUUCACUAGUCAUUCCCAAUGUUUCAGUUCUCUAAAAUAAAAGUAUUACUUAGAAUUUGCCAUUUCUUAUCGACAGAGCUUGAUGGACACGAUGAUGGCACCUCAUACGGAGGCCAUGCUCCAGAUAAAAACAUUAAACGGGAUAUGGCACUACGAAUGAGAAACCGUAAUUCGAAUACGAAACAAUGUCGAUAAAAUGCAUGUAGGCCUACACACUUUGUACGUUCGUUGCUCUUCGUAAAAGCUUGUGAACCCUGCUUAUUGCCGGGAAGGGAAUGUUACAUGUUUGUAUUGUUGGUGUACAUUUUCUCUUCCCUCUAUUGGAACCAUGUAAACCACUUCCUAAACUAAUGUCGAUCCAGCAUCGUCUCGGAACAUCCUCUUUUGACGUUAAAGGGACUCUACAGGCAAAGGCUUAGCAGGCCAGAUUAUGUUACUUGAGGUCACCGACAGGUGUUUCUGUCAUCUCACAGUACAUUGGCACUGUUCAAGAUAGUGUACGAAGUAGUUUUGUUCAUUAGGUCAAACUAGACCCAGUCCCUAACGGUGCACGGUGGUCACCUGAGGCCAUCAAUUUGACCCCAUAGCCCCUGCCUGUGGACCACCUUUAAGAUUAAAAAAAUCGCAAUCACUAAUUUCAAAGUGCUACAUGUACAUGCUAGAUCUGACGAUGUAAUCGGGUAAUUACA